UGUUUGCACUGGAAGGUUUGUCAAUCCAAGGGUCUGUAAGUCUAGAACAGGAAGCAGAGUGUUUAGCUUUCAGCUCUGCUCUCAGCAGCUAGCAACCUGGGUAUGAUAUGAUGAUAUCCUCUAGCUGUUUAAGACAAGACAUUCAUGCAGCUGGUAUCAAUAUUAAUUGAUACUAGUGUGAUAACGCUGUUUUUUUUAAUGCAAUACUUGAAAACUUCAGAAUCUUGAUAUCUAAGGAGGAUAAAAUGGUUUUUGGUGGAUUAUAUUUCUGUGACAAGGAGCCUACCUGACCAGCAGCCUACCUGCCAUCUCUCAGCAAGGUCAAGCAAAAUUCAGGUUUGUAUGGUGAAUGGACUCCUCGGAGACAAAGAAUGGUUAACAGAGGAAUAGUCUUAAGGCUGGGAGACAGAUGGAAGCACAGAGCUGGGAAUGUAAAGUCCACGUGUGAAGCAGCGAGGUCCAACAGGGAAUGAGUGUGGCACUGGAGUCGAUCCGGACUGGAAUUACAAUAGAGCUCUUCCAGCCAACAGGGACAUGAUUCGCAUCCAGAAACAAUUGAAAAAUAUAAUAUAGGACAGGGCUCAGUUGGUCAGCGCAAUAUCUCAAAGUGCGCCCGCAGAUCUGGUCUGGACCAGGAGCCUUCCUAACGUUCACCCAUCUCAUCAGAUUCCUGAGAUAAGACCGGAGCCUCCCUCUGGGGAUGGUCACUGCUACUCGUUACUGGAUGUGACUCAUCGGGUGCGACGUCUUCGACCCUCCAUGGCUGUAUGAUCUUUGCAUGAACUCAGACCUCCAGAUGAAGCAAACAAGCCUCCAGUGUCUAAGAGGGGGCUGAGAAAUGCUCACUCAGAGCACACACCCACCGAGGAGCACAGCUUUUUGGGAAGUGAUGUCAGAGGUCGCGGAGGUGAGGCGGAGUGUUUGAGGUGAGUGUGUGUCAUAGAGGAGGGAGGGCCACUUCUCUGUAUAAAAACAGGACAACGUGAGGAAACUUUCAGCAACAUUUUAACAGUAGAAGAAGAAGUAGAUCUGCGAUGGCCAACCACAACCGUUUGAUCCUGGACGUGGAUCUGAGAAGUCGUGAAAACAACUCGGCUCACCGCACUAAGGACAUCGAUCGAGAGCGUCUGAUCGUUCGCAGGGGUCAGCCUUUCUCCAUAACACUGCAAUGCUCCGAGUGCCUGCCCCCGGAACACCACCUGGACCUGGUCCUGCACCUCGGUAAAAGAGAGGAAGUGGUGAUUCAGGUCCAGAGGGAGCGUGGGGCCGGCGACAGGUGGUGGUUUAACCAGCAGGGGGCGCAGGAUGAAAUGCUGCUGACUCUACACAGUCCAGCUGACGCCAUCGUCGGUCACUACCGUCUGGCUGUGCUGCUGAUGUCACCUGAUGGACGUGUCGUCCAGGAAACGGAUGUAAUGAGCUUCCACCUGCUCUUCAACCCGUGGUGUAAAGGUGAUGUGGUGUACCUGCCAGAUGAGAGUCUGCUCCAGGAGUACGUCAUGAAUGAAGAUGGACUCAUCUACAUGGGAAGCUGGGAUUCUAUCGGCAGCAUUCCCUGGAAUUAUGGACAGUUUGAGGACGAUGUGAUGGACAUCUGCUUCGCGGUCCUGGACAACUCCAAAGAUGCUCUGAGGAACUCAAAGAUGGACAUGGAGCACAGAUGGGACCCCGUAUACGUCAGCAGGAUCAUCACUGCCAUGGUGAACUCUAACGGUGACAGAGGGGUGUUAAGUGGACGCUGGAGGCCGCCAUACUCUGACGGAGUUGCACCCAACCGAUGGACCGGCAGCGUGCCCAUCCUCCAGGACUGGAGCAAGGCUGGAAACAGAGCCGUCAAGUACGGCCAGUGCUGGGUGUUUGCUGGUGUGGCCUGCACAGUGCUGCGCUGUCUGGGAAUCCCAACUCGCCUCAUCACCAACUUCUCUUCAGCCCACGACGUGGAUGGAAACCUCUCCGUAGACCACCUGGAGAACUUUGACAGCAGCGAAAGGCAGGACAGCAGCUGGAACUUCCACUGCUGGGUGGAGUCCUGGAUGAGGAGGCUGGAUCUCUCUGAAGGAAAUGAUGGAUGGCAGGUUUUGGACCCAACCCCUCAAGAACUGAGUGAUGGUGAGUUCUGCUGCGGUCCGUGUCCGGUGACGGCCAUCAAGGAGGGAAACCUGGGAGUGAAGUACGACGCGCCGUUUAUAUUUGCUGAGGUUAACGCUGACGUCAUCUACUGGAGGGUUCUACCAGACGGCCGCCGGCAGAAGAUCACAGUGGACCAGAGGAGUGUGGGGAGGAACAUCAGCACCAAAAGUGUUUACGACGACUCCAGAGAAGACGUCACUCUGCUUUACAAAUAUCCUGAAGGCUCUAAGAAGGAGAGGGAAGUGUAUGAGAAGGCAGGACGCCGGGUCACCGAACCAACCAAUGACAGAGCAGAACUGGCGCGACUGACGCUGUCAAUCAAACAUGCUAAACCCGUGUUUGGGACAGACUUCGAUGUGAUUACUGAGGUGAGGAAUGGAGGAGAUGAAGAUGCUCGUGUUCAGCUGACUGUCAUGGCCGUGGCUGUAACCUACAACUCUCUCCACCGCGGGGAGUGUCAGAAGCAGAGCAUGAACGUGACGGUUCCAGCUGGCCAAGCCCACAAAGAAGUUCUGCGUCUGCGCUACGAGGACUACGCCAGGUGUGUCUCUGAGCACCAUGUGAUCAGGGUGAAAAGUCUGGUGGAAGCUCAGGGGGAAAACAAACCCAUCAUGACCAUGGCUGACAUCCUACUGAGCAUGCCUGAAGUCAUAAUCCAGGUUCCUGGGAAGGCUGUGGUUUGGCAACAAGUGAUGGCCUUCAUCUCCUUUAUCAAUCCUCUGCCGGUCCCUCUGAAGGGGGGUGUGUUCACUGUGGAGGGGGCUGGCCUGCUGUCUGCCACUCACAUCCAUGUAGAUGGUGAUAUUUUACCGGGCCAGACCGUCUCUGUGAGCUUAUCUUUCUCACCCACGAGGCCGGGGGUGAGAAAGCUCCUGGUGGACUUCGACUCUGACCGGCUGAAGAAUGUGAAGGGGGUCACCAAUGUGGUUGUCCACAAGAAAUCCAGAAGCAUCCCUGUGAUUACCGGAAUUUAUUAAAACCUGCGAGGCUUCCUGUUGCUCCAGGGUGAUUUUAUUUCAGUUUAUCUUUUUAUUUAUUCUGGUCUGAUCUGCUGGUCUGUGACUGAUGACCAGAAAUAUGCUGAGAUAAAAAAAAGAAUAUGAAUGUGGAGCAGUGCUCUGGAUCCAUGUUGGCCAGAUGUUCAUCACUGAAUCUUUCUGCACUCUUUUACUGUGUUUUAAUCCUAAAAGU